GCGGGAUUACUAUCCAUCUCCCUUGCCAAAGAAGAAGAGGUCCUGCACUCUUGGAGAACAACAUUCGAUUAGGACUGCGGUGUUGCCCCUACCCCGUACCCAUCCCAACAAUGUCAAAGCGCCCGCUCAGUGUCAGCACAUCGCCUGUUGAAUCGCCUGAAGCUGUUCGCCGAGCACCCAGAGUGGUUUGUCAAAGACAUCGCAGACCUGCUGCUCUUUGCUAUCCAGUACGGAAAAAGAAAAGUGGAUAGCCUCAUUCGUACCAGUAGUAUGGUCACAAAGUCCAUGGCCAAUCCUUACCUGACAGCCAAGCUGGUGGAAGCGCUGUUUGUUUCCAGCCCACGGGCAUCACCUACGCGCGAGUCCUGGCAGCACUUGGCCCCAGCCUUCAUGCGCUUCUACACGGACGUCAUUCUCAUCAAAAGCCUGUGGGAGAGCCCUUGCCACAAGGAGGGGCUUCUGCGUGAGGCGUCUGACGGACGUCAGUUUGUCAGCUUUGUUAACAUGCUGAUGAAAGACAUGAUGCUCCUGCUCGACGAGUCCCUGGAGUCUCUGAAGCGUAUUCAUCAGACGCAGGAAGUGGUUGACGGGUCAUCCUGCAGUGCUCAACAGACAAGGCAGAGGCAGCUCCAACAGGAUGAACGACAGUGCCGGUCUUACCUCACCCUGGCUAGGGAAACAGUGGACAUGUUACACUACCUCACCACUGAUAUCGAGGAGCCUUUUUUACACCCGGUCAGUUGAAUACUAAACUGCUAAGGUUAUGUUUGCACAAUUGCCUGUUCCCUGACGUAAGAGUACUGAGGGACAAGGGUAAAGAGGAAUAGAAUUUCUCAAAGUCCUUUAGGUAAUUCUUGAGAAACACCUGGAAAUACAGGGUUCAUCAAGGUGAACCUUGCCGUCUGACAGAAGGAGCUGGAACACAGGUGUAGUCAAUUAGAAAUGCGAGGCAGUGGCGCUUUUUCAAUUUUCCACGAUUUAUUAGCAGAUAAACUGACCAAGUGACAGUAUUGACAUAAAAGUUUGGGACAUAAUAUGUCCUCUAGCAUCUACUUUAUCUUCCCGACACCCUUUCUAUUGCGUUUAUCUCCGUCACAAAUCCCGAAGUUCAUCUUGUCAAGUUGUGCUUGUCGGAGUCUCUGUUUGGUGAUUUUCGCGCCUCAAGCUUUAUUGUUACCCAUCGGCCGGUCCCCGAUAGUUGCGGUAUGACUUCCCGUUCGCACCCCUCAAGUGAAACCUUGCAAACGCUGGGGAGGGCCGCGAAAGGAGAAUUCUGUGAACGAACAAAAUAGGGCCGUAAAACGUCCGUGCUGCAUUUUGGGCUCUCACGGUAGGAAGGGCUCAAACGUAAGUAAGAAAAAGAAUUACACAAGAGGUGCAAAGAAGGAAAGAGAGAAGACAUGAGCAGAAAUGAUUCCACACUGGUGGCCUUUGAGCGUCCAUGCACUGCAGUCGUAAUAGGGGAGAGGGGCUCAGGUCCACAAAAGCUUGUAUCUUUGGUAGUGCAUUUGGGAGGGGAAAAAUUUACAUAGAACCCCUGCUACGUUACCGCACCACAGUCUUAAAGGGGCACUAAGAUGCAAAAACAACUUGCUUUCAAAUGGAAAUCGAUGUUUCAGUUAGUAUAAUGUAAGCAAGAUUAGUUGACACAGCUCUAUCGUUUAGAAGAAAAACACAAUGAAAACAGAGCUGUCUUUGGUGGCAACGAAUGGGAUCCCCUGGAGGUAAAGACUGGCGGCAUCCAAUGAGACAGCAGGAGAAACAUGCGCAUACCUAUUGUGGCCGUGUAGAUUUGCAACGGGCCUUAUCAUAGUGUUCCGUAUAUGCACGGCAUGAUGAGAAGUACUGUAUUUUUGAAUACCGAUUCACUGAAUUGUAGCAUACAACAGUUCUCAUGAAUGUUCCACCGACAACAUUUAUCUUCAUAUCCUUCGGACAGCAACGCAAGUCCGCAUGGCAAGGCGCACUAUGUUUUUCACAGAGACUGCUUCAUGGCGUGGCACGUGCGUGCAUUGGCUAAGAACAGAGAUGCACAAGCUAAAACGACAUUCACUACUUACCACCGACCAGCUCCCAUGGCAUAGUGGUUAAGAUGCUCGCUUUCCACGCCGAGACUGGGAGGUGAGACGGGUUCGAAUCCUACCAGCGGCUGUGCUGUCUGAGGUUUUCCCAAGACUUUCCAGAGGAAUGUCGGCACAGCUCCCCCUGAAGUCUGCCCAGGACGCACACUAAACCCCCUUGUCCCCCACUCCUUCCUCCUGUUCUCUCUCCAUCUGUCCACCUCUGUAUGCCGCUCAUAGCCGCUGUUUCUUCGCGGCGCAAACACGAAAUUAAUAAUAAUAAUAACUACUUAGCACCGAAGCGAGAAAGAGUCCAGAAUAAUUUCGACUGUAGCUCCGUAACGGAAUCAAAGUUUUGAAUUAUGAUAACAAAUACGAAAUUAACGUAACGUGUAACGUAAUUUGAAGUGAACUUGUUUUUGCAUUUUAGUGGCCCCUUAAAAUAUGUGAGAAGAGGGCUGCUUUGGUCAAAGGAAAAAUGCAGAAUAAAAAUGCUUGGAACCCCUCAAUUCGGCGAUCUUUCGCGCCAGAUAUAACACGUGACACAUCUCCCUUGUCUGAUGUGUGUGGUUGUCGAGGAGGCAUUGGAAAAACAGCUCCUCCUUCCUUCUUCGUCAGUGUUGUUAAUUGUCAUUGGUAUCGUACUGUCUCUGUCACCUAUAUGUCCGGGCCUCAGAAAAGAAUAAGCGCUUUCUUUGUGACGGUGUCAAAGCAUGAGUGUCCGUCUGCAAAUGUUGAAGGUAAAUAUUGCUCUAUUACGCCUUGUUCUUGGCCCACUCGCACAAAACUCUGUCAUUCAUAAAUAGCACCCAGCCACGGCGCGCAUAAUUCAAUUUGUUGACACUUAAUAGCGCUAGUCAAUUUUGCGGAAUUUGUUUUCUUGCAUGCUUGAUGCAGGCACCUCGAUGAAUGCCCCUUCCACACUCUGAUGAACAGUAAGCAUUAAAGUAAAUGCAGUGCUGAUUCAAAGCCAUUAGUGCCUUGCACAGUAUGCAAUGGUUAAAGGAGUACAGAGGGCCAUCCAAAAAAAUUUCAGAUUGAGACAUCUGAUGAAAGUGUGUGUGUCAUUAUACUGAAUAGCGCGAAAGGUUUUGAUGUGUGCAAUUUGUUUCCCAGAAAAAAACUCGCAUAAACGUAGCUCCGCGCCUUCACCCUUAACUCGCCACUCCAGCUAUAACGAGGAUGAGGAGGUACGAUGGCACGUCAGCGAUGACGGCAUAAGGAGACUCGUUCUGGUUUGCCGGUCGGUGGGGGUCAGCGCAUUGUCCCUUUGCCGCCGUAAACCUGUUUUGCAAGUUUUCCCGGAGAAUUGGGGAUAGAAGGAGCGGCCGAAGCAUUACUGAGGCAAGGAGAAAGGCUUUAUCAGAACCCCGAACAGCCGAGUAGCAGACGACAGCGGAGUAGCAGACAACAUUUCUCUAGGUCAAUCAGCAAACGUUCUCCUUAUAGCGUCAGCGCGAGGUUCCAGGCAGAUCGCACACUCUUAGAAAUAGGUCUUCUAUCGUGCCGUCAAGAGCUGCCGUGUCUUCUAGAUUCACGCUCAAGGCCGAAGUUUUAGACGGCAGAUGCCCACGUGACCCGGGAGAAAAGAAAAUACCAUAAAAAAUUGUCUUGCUUUUUUUGGCGCGUACGCCGUGUAGAAGACACGCUUAUCACGUGACCAGGAAUCGGACGUCGUGAAGCAUAUUUCGUGUUGUCUAAAUUUUUGCCGUGGUUUCUAUGGGCUCGGAGUGAUCACCUGACCGGCUUCGAGGACCGGAAUCACGUGAACUAUGCGACGGGGGCCAGACAUGCUGGUGGCGCGGCACUGGUCACACCUCUUCUUCGGUGCCUUGCCGCCAGCGUUUCCUUGCUUUGCUGAUUCUGGGAUUCUAUUACAGGUAAAACACCUCCGUUUAAUAAAUUUUAUUGCGAUAACUAUGCUAGCAGCACUACUAUUGUAGUGGCUACCUGUUAUUUCCCCACGCUUCUAACGAGCAUUUGGAAGGUGCAGGUGCGAAUGGAAGUGUCAUGGCGGUCGUGACAGAAUGUCAACGAAAGUUAUCUGGUGAUGCUUGAGAAGUUGAGUUGUAAAGGUAUUCGAGAGACGCUAAUGUGUUAUCAGCUGUAUCCGGUUUGUAGCUCUGUUAGAAUUGCCUCUAAACGUGUACUUCACGAGCGCUAACGCUUGUGUAUGGCGCAGGAUGUUUUUGUCAUUCGGGGGCUCGUUCCGGCCGUGGUUUGAGUAACCAUUCUCUGUCUCAACUGGCCGCAGUGGGUAUGGACGUCACCAACGAAGACUUCACUGGUGUUCAACGUGCCGCCUGGAGGGAAUGUGCGUGCGGUUCAUGCCGAAGACUGACAGAUAUUAGCCGGAACACGGCACAAGUGUUACCCGGAACAUGCGUCCAAUGCUAACAAUCACCUGUCGACCAUGACCGCAUUCAGUAAGUUACGCCUGGAAGCAGAAUUCCGAUUCGAGGCCAGGAUGGGAAGCAUGGAGGAAACGCUGCACAACGGGUGACAACUGCCAUAUCAACCGCCCCCACAAAGAGAUGUAGAGUCACUGCCACAAUUUCACAACUUUGCCGAAAU